UGACCGGCCAACUAUUCGUACUAACACAGUUGAUUUAGACAGCCUUCGUAAGCUACCUAAGGGUACGUUUGGAAAAGCGUAUACGAAGUUUCUGGAUAAAUAUGGUUAUUCACCUGAUGAAAGACACUAUGUUAGAUUUGUAGAUGACCCGGAUUUGUCUUACGUCAUGCUGCGGUAUCGGGAAAUACAUGAUUUGGUUCAUACUUAG